GGCGCCCGUAUUUGUCAGCCCAUAUAUAAGAUGCUCAGUCCCUACACCGCCCUUUUCAGCUGAGCCGCCAUCAGGUCACAGCCAGCACUCUUCGCCUCCUGAUAUCCCCCAAACACAAUCCGACAAAAUGAUCAUCUACAAGGACAUCAUCACAGGGGACGAGAUGUUCUCGGACAUCUACAAAGUCAAAGAGUCAGAGAAUGGAAUGAUGCUUGAAGUGGAGGGAAAGAUGAUCAGCAGGUCAGAGGGAGACAUAGAUGAUGCACUGAUUGGUGGCAACGCAUCAGCAGAAGUUCAGGAUGAGGGCUGUGAGUCUUCCACUGUCAGUGGUGUGGAUAUUGUUCUCAACCACAAACUGCAGGAGACAUCCUACGACAAGAAGUCUUACACAGCCUACAUCAAGGACUACAUGAAGGCAGUGAAAGCCAAACUACAGGAAACCGCACCUGACAGGGUAGACCCCUUCAUGGCUAAUGCACCAGCUGAGGUCAAGAAAAUUCUAGCCAACAUCAAGAACUUUCAGUUUUUCACUGGCGAGUCCAUGAACCCAGAUGGCAUGAUUGGUCUCCUUGACUUCCGUGAGGAUGGUGUCACACCAUACAUGCUCUUCUUCAAGGAUGGUCUGGAGAUCGAGAAAUGUUAAACUUCAAGCAUCUAAAAGUACCCCUCCAACUUCGGCCUCUGCUCACUGGAUUGGGCCUGUGGAUUAAACCAAUCAUUCCCCCCUCAUUCUUACCAUCAGGAACAGAGGCUCUUUUAAUUUCACGAGGCCUCUGUUUUCAUUUCUUGAUUGGCGUAUGUCCAUCACGCCAAGACGUGAUGGUCCCCUCAUAAAAAUAAAAACAAUGACUUUUUGGCAAGCCAAGCCAAAAUAUUUUUUUGGUGGGUUUUCUUAUUUCGUCAUGGAGGUGAAGUUGAUCACUGGCUUCUCAUGGGCCGUGCAUGUCAGCUUCUGGUAUCAGAAGAUGUACAGUUGAAUUCCCCCCUCUUCCCAUUGAAUUAUAGGAUUGUAUAGGAUUUCUUGCACCAUUUGUGAAAAAUAAAAUGAAGCUGCUGGCUAAUUAAA